AUGAAGGCUCCUACCACCCUCGCUCUCGCAGCCCUCUUGGGCUCGAAAGCGGCUCUUGCUGCGCCAACGCUACAUGCAGACGACUACGAGAAGAAAGUGAUGUUGGCGAACGCCUACAUGAUCGAGCAGCGGGAAGGCCUGUGCCUCGAGUGGCGAGUCGAACCGAACGACAGGACCUGGCUGCAGGACACCGUCAAGGGCGGCAAGAAGUACUGGCCCACGAUGCAGGCGCGAUGCAAUUCCUUCCAGAUGGAGCAGGGUCCCCGUGACGGCGAAUACAUCGUCUAUCCCGCCUCAGGCACGCCUGAAAGCUGCGGCAACUGGCAGGUCAAGGUUCAGAACAACUACGUCUCGCCCAUCUGCAUGGACGACGCCUCUCGCAUGGACAUGGAAGACCCAGCGCCCGACCUCAACGACGAACUCCCCGUGAACGUGGAUUGGCAUGAGCCCCUUUCCAACAACGGCUCCGACCCCGAGCAGCCUAGCAUGCAAAUCCUCGCGACCGCCUGGCAGGCUGGAGAACCGUACAAGGAGUGUGCGGCCUGGAAGGUCGUUCAUCGUGGUUUCGAUGGUGUCGCAUUUGCGGCUGGCAUCGCUCCUGAGUGCUGGAAGUGGAAGGACAGCGCCGAGAAGUUGAACAACUACACGAUCAUCGCCGGCAAGUUCGGGGCGACUUGCACCUCGUCAAAAGGCUACAUCACUCGUCUCGACGGCCACGUUGCUUACGCUCAGUGCGCUUCGACUCCGGACGUCGGCUUCGACAACUCCACUACGGUUUACCCUGACCCGCAUGGGCCCGAAGACGGAGGCGAAAUCGAAGACGAAGACAAAUUCGCAAAGAAGCUUCGCCGUCGCCAGCAGCAACCUUCUGGCCCCGAUGUGACCUUCGUGGACCAGGAAUGGGUUUCCCGUCAUGAGUAUUUCCAGAGUUCCGAGUCGUACUGCACCGAAUGGGUCAUUUCUCAUGCCGCAGGCCACAACGAUAUUCUGAUCCCAUCAUGCCACCACUGGAUCGAGGGAGAAAUCAACUCCUACUAUUCUCCGGCGAAUGCAAGUCCAACUGGGCCGUCAAAGUCGACGGCCCGGACGUCUGGCCUUACUGUCCCGCCGGCAAAGGCAACGCCAAGGCGACCGGACCCCCCUUCGCUCCUCCCCCCCACCGACCCCAAGAAGUCCUCCGAGCCCAGCAUCACGUACGUUCAAGAUGACGAUGUGCAUUUCCCCGGCAACCCGGCGUGCAAGGCGUGGACCAUCGAUUCCCUCAAUGGCACCCGCAAGGUGCUGGUCCCGAGAUGUAUUGAGCAGGAGGUUGUGUUGGAUGCUCCUGAGUACUACACCGUCGCCACGGCCCUCGUCGAAGGCGACUGCCACACGCAAUGGGUCGCCAAAACCGCCGGCAACCGCGUCUACCCCGUCUGCGCCUCGGGCAACCAGAAAGCCGACGACGUGAGUGAGAUGCCAGAGGAGAAGCACGCCGCCAACGACGAUGGCCUCUGUGGUCGCGCGGACAAGCUCACGCCCGAGGAGUUCGGCGCCCUGACUCAGGAGCAGAAGGCCACUGUCCUUUGGUGCAAGGAGGGGCCGCGUCUCCUCGUUGAGGCGGUCUUCAAUAUGACGCAUCAUCAUGAGUAG